AUGAGUCACCGAAAGUAUGAGGCUCCCCGCCACGGCUCCCUGGCUUAUCUGCCCAGGAAGCGCGCUGCUCGUCACCGUGGAAAGGUCAAGUCCUUCCCCAAGGAUGACCCCAAGAAGCCUGUCCACCUGACAGCCGCUAUGGGUUACAAGGCUGGUAUGACCACCAUCGUUCGUGACCUCGACCGACCUGGCGCCAAGGCCAACAAGAAGGAGGUUGUGGAGGCUGUUACUAUCGUCGAUACCCCACCUAUGAUCGUUGUUGGUCUUGUGGGAUACAUCGAGACUCCCCGAGGCCUGCGAUCCCUCACCACCGUCUGGGCCGAGCAUCUGGGCGACGAGCUUAAGCGCCGAUUCUACAAGAACUGGUACAAGAGCAAGAAGAAGGCUUUCACCAAGUACGCCAAGAAGCACUCCGAGAACAGCGGUGCCUCCAUCACCCGCGAGCUCGAGCGCAUCAAGAAGUACUGCACCGUCGUCCGUGUCCUCGCCCACACCCAGAUCCGAAAGACCCCUCUCAAGCAGAAGAAGGCCCACCUCAUGGAGAUCCAGGUCAACGGUGGUUCCAUCGCCGACAAGGUCUCUUUCGGCCAUGAGCUCUUCGAGAAGCCCGUUGACAUUUCCAGCAUUUUCGAGCAGGAUGAGGUUAUUGAUGUGAUUGCCGUCACCAAGGGUCACGGAUUCGAGGGUGUCACCGCCCGUUGGGGUACCAAGAAGCUUCCUCGCAAGACUCACAAGGGUCUCCGAAAGGUUGCUUGUAUCGGUGCUUGGCAUCCUUCCCACGUCCAGUGGACUGUUGCCCGUGCUGGUCAGCGAGGUUACCAUCACCGAACCUCGGUCAACCACAAGAUCUACCGCAUUGGUAAGGGCGACGCUGACGACAACGCCGCCACUGAGAUCGACGUCACCAAGAAGACCAUCACUCCUCUCGGUGGUUUCGUCCGCUAUGGUGAGGUCAACAACGACUUCGUCAUGGUCAAGGGUUCUAUCCCUGGUACCAAGAAGCGAGUCAUGACCCUCCGAAAGACCAUGUUCCCCCAGACUUCCCGAAAAGCCCUCGAGAAGGUCAGCCUCAAGUGGAUCGACACCUCGUCCGAGUUCGGACACGGUGCUUUCCAGACCCCUGCGGAGAAGAAGCAGUACCAGGGUACCCUCAAGAAGGAUCUUGCCUCCGCUUAG